AUGGACAUCGACCUGAAGAAGUUAUGGAGUUUUCGCAAGAGUAAAGGUCGCCAUGUUACACAAGAUUCGGGAGCGAGCAGGUCGCAGAAGAGCCAUGGCACGGGUGUGAGCGCGAGACACAUAUCACAGAGCCCGCGAAUAGGUCAUAGCGGUGAACACUCGUUAGACUAUUCAAUACCUGAGUCCUCCCCGGUUUCAGCGGCAGCGGCCCAUCCUCCAGGAUCGAUUGCUGGCAACCCCAUAAAGACUGGGCCAGCCGGGAUACGCAGGCCUUCGACUUCUCAAUCUCGACCUGGUACCUCAGGUAGUGACAGUUUGAUGAGUGCCGUCAAUCGCGCGGCAGAUGCCAUUUCAAGAUCAGAGCAAGAAUAUCAGGAUACAGCCAACAACUACUUCAAGCGCCAUGUUCGAACCAAGACCCCUCGUUAUGUUGACAUAUUCUCGCUCGCCAGCCCCAACAGUAUCAGCUCUUCCAUCAGGUACAAUGAGGAUGUCGCUGAACGCAAUCUGGACCUGACCCGGGUCGCGCUGGAAGCCUCACAAAAUGACUACUUCCAGGAAGAGGUUGCCAUGAGGAAUGCAUACCCGACUCCGCCGGCAAGCAAUGGCAUCAAAACUUCACCUCCGCUCUAUCGCGACAGGUUCAGCGAGACACGGCCCAAGGGGCAAUCCGAGCAUCUGCUGAACAGAACAAGUAACCCUGAAGCGUCUGGACGGCAUGAAGAACACGCGCCGCUGAAAUAUCAUAAAUCGUUAAGCUCGAAUGAUUCACAUCGCCGCCAGCAAAGGGAUCAAUCAUGGGGUUCUCAUCCAGUUCAGGAAUUAAACCCUUCGAGGCACCAAACUGACGAAUCCCGGGUGGCAGACACCCGGCAAAACCACCUGCCACCACCAGCAAGCCAUGUCCAUGCCAACGCGAGUUUAUACGAUCCUUUAGGCAUUAUUUACAACCCAUCUGUCAGACCUACCGGUCAAGAACCGGCCCCAACAGAAACUCUUACCAGUGAUCAGCUAUCGGCCACCGAAUCAGCGCCGGCUGGACGGUCCGAGCACCCCGGCUUUUCACAACCUGGGAAUGUGAGGUAUACAGGAAGCUCGACUGGGUCCAAGGCGGCUGAUUUCUCUCUUCGUUCACCGUCAAGUUUGAGUCACGCCCCUUCGGUCAAGCGUGUCAUUAAUCUACCCCAUCGCAAAAUCAUGGACUUGACAGGGGAUGAUUCAGAUGUAUUUUCCGAAGUCAAUGUCGAGUCCAACUAUAGUUCAUCUCCUGUCAUCGGACAUGCAAAGGUCGAUGUGGUGCGCAGAAUUUCAGGGUUGGCCAUCAAUGGCGCACCGGCAGAAAAUACAAACAGUGUAUCCGACUCGUUAUCGACAAACGAAACAUCUACAUUAUCCGGGGAGGUUCCUUUGAGCGUUUCUGGGCCGGUACAGUCUCCGCCAGCUCGAGAUCAAACCUCGGAAGUACUGCUCUCGGAAGCCGUCGCAAGACAUUUCCGAUCCAAAAGCGGCUUUUCAGCCAUCAGUACCGUUGCCGCCUCGUCGCCUCGCGCGAGUGUGGUUGUGGGACCUUCGACAACGACAGUGAACAACGCUGCAAUCCCCGAAGGACGUGGGCAGCCCAAGGCAAUAAAUGGCGAACAUCAGCAUAUGGCCGAAGGUGAAAACCCGGCGAACCAGCAUGCUAUCGAGGGAGAGCCUACUAGAGACGAGGCUACGACUCUAAAACAUGACGAAACCCCUCCUGUUGCAGUUGAGGAAGGUGCUUCCUCAAGGUCUGACGCUACGGCGAACGAAAGGCUCCUAUCUCAUGAGAAGCCAAAUGGUACCUCCAAGCAAGACGGGUCACAGGCUCGAUCAGAGCAGUCACAUCCCGCGCAAUCCGGGAAGAUGCCUUCGAUCCAGGAUCACAAGCAAGGAGACUUCGCGGAAUCACCUACGGUUCCUUUUGCUGCUUCUCAUCUUCCGGAUGGGGUCAUCACAAGGGACUUUGCCGACAUGGCAAGCAGAUCCAAGCUUACUAGUGUCCCUGAAGGUGCCGAACCCGGCGAGACUGGACGGCCCAAGAGACUUAGUGACCCAGAAAGCAAAAAGCAAAAUCACACACCAGCUGCCUCAACCUACAGCGAGCAGUAUCCUGUCAAACACGUGUCUGUACCGCCACCACCCAUGUAUAAGUCGACUUUCGAUGAAGCGGAAUUCGCACGAAAGCAAGCCGAGGCUCGUGCCGCUCUGAUUCGACUGCAAGAGAGUUUAAAUGAGAAUUUCCUCGAGCCGAUUCCAGCGCCAGCGGCUGUAGAGCGGCCGUCAUCCACCAGGUCCAGAAGUGGAUUCUCGGAGCACAAACAGAAAGCGGCCUCCAAGAACGGCAGCGCCCCAGCUUCAUCAGUUGCCUCGGCAGAGGUUAGACAUGAGACUGUGACUGCGACCGUUCCACCAGAGAUCAUGGUCCAAGAUGAUGAUGGCAAUAUCGACGGCGUAAAAGCUAAACCCGAGACCGAGACCGAGACCUCAUAUCACAAUCUCGCGACUCUGCCACAUGCUGAUGUUUCCAAAAAUCGUGAGCACGUUGAGCUAGUUUCUCGCGAAAAGCACAGAGGAAAACAAAGGGCAGAAACUUCGGACAACCUCGAUGGACCCGGCCCGUCAGUUCUUGACCAGGCACAGACACAGUCGCUACCUCUUCCACCUUCCUCCCGAGAUCAUUUCCGUCAGCCACAUCAACAACAACAGCAUCAUCAUCCCGGUCCCGUCCCGCCAAGUCCGGGCGAAGUCUCACUUUCUCAUUUCCCCAUCCCGGUCUCGGCCUCAAAGCAGUCUGCAACCUCAGCCCCGAUGAACAGUGGCGUUGGCGUUGGCACUGGGAAUGGUAGUGCUAAUGGCAAUACUGUCGGAGGGGGGCAAGCUGCCAGUGGAGAACAACAACAGCCCCCAACGCAACAAGGUGGUGGUCCAAGUAAUUCACGGCCGCACUCGCAGACACAUCCGGCGUCUCUAGCUUUCCAUUCACGGCAGAACAGUGAGACUGGUGCUGGGGCUGGGGCGGGUCCUGGAGGUUCAAGUCGGGCCAUGCAGAUGCGGAGACAGUCCAGUCAGCGGAGUCAAGCGAGCACGGCCUCGGCGUUCAGCAUUCCGUACCAUUUGAUUCCGGGGCGGUCGAGCAGUAUUCGGGAUCAGUCGGUUGCGGAGGUGGAGGGGAGAUGA